CUUGGACCUCUUUGCAUGUUUUGAAUAAAAUAGGUCCAUACAUUGCCAGUGCUUUGUGCAAACUGUCCGAACAAUACACUGUUCAUGAGUAGGAAGCGAAUAGGACAAAAUAGAUCAGACUGUUCAGACUGAAUGAGUAUUUUGUGACGUGCUUGUCGAAAAAGGUGGGCGUCGGCUCGGAGUGAUUUCCUUUUUAUGUAUUCAGUGGUGAGUCAUAAACAAGUCUAAACUGUGCAAGCGUAUCACCAUUUUUGGAUAAACGCAACAAGUUGUGUAGGUUCCACUGCCAGCCAAAACACACUCAACGCAUCGAAGAAAACACAUUGCUGCAUUGACACCGAAGACUGUACAGAUACUACGAACCAGGUGCUAAGAUUCCUUCAAUGAUGGAUGUACGUAAGGGUGGAACUCAACAGCGAUUGGAACAGCAGCUGUCAUCCCUUAACGUGACAGAGCCAGGGACGGUCACGGACACUAGUUACUCCUACUCUUACAAUCCGCCGCAAUUCCAGAGCCAGCCCAAGAAGUUUGCUCCAGUCACUGCCCCCAAGCCAAAAGGUCAGAAAAACGGGCGCAUUACAAAAUCCGUCCAUCCACCACCUCCUGGGCCUGAAUCAUAUUCCCAAAUAACUGCAAGCAUGUGCAGUCAGCCUAGUGCUAUUACAGCAGUGACGCAGCAUGGCAGCCAAGGACCCCUUCCUCCUGCACCACCUCGUAAUAAAGGGCAGCCUCCACCACCGCCUCCAAAGCCUAAAAAACAUCUGCCAUAUUAUUCUAACCAAGGUCUACAAACAUACAGGCCUGCUGUGUAUCAUAAUCCUGCAGAAAACGAAGACCUUCCCCCACCCCCUCCACCACCCGAGCCAGCAGAACCCUACCACAGUAGCCACUCGUUCCCUCCACCGCCACCUCAGGAUGAUCUACCUCCGCCACCUCCGCCCGCUGCUAUGACAUACUCGUAUUCCAGUAGAACAGAUACUCAGUAUAGUCCGCGACAAACGUCUGCGUCCCCACCUCCACCACCUCCUCCCCCUCCUGCACCUCCAAGCUUUGAUUCACAGCCCAGAUACAGCCCAAGCCAUCAAUCGUACAAUCAGCCACGAUCUCCACCUACUUCCACUUACGCACCACCCCCUCCUCCUCCUCCACCACCUGCUCAAGUAUAUCGUCCAAAAGAGCCCCAACAACAGUUGUAUGAAAGUAGACCCCAGCAGUCACCCUAUUCACACCCACCUGCAUCACAUACCCCAACAAGGGAUGUUUACCAAACCAAACCCAAUGACAUGUAUUCACCCCCAGCUACGCAACCUACUGCAACAUACACACCACCAGUAAACACUUACCAGCAGCAGCCCUCCAGCAAAAACUACCAACCACCUGCCAGUUCCUACCACCAACCUACGAGUUCCUAUGCUUCCCCAAGCUCUCACACACAGUCUAGCAGUGCCUAUUCACCAUCCUCCAAACCCGCCUUCCAGUCAGGCCCUGGUAUUCAUUCAAUACCCCGCCCCACUGACCAACCGUUAUCCAAACCAGAUAAGGUAGGGACAGAAGCAGAGGUGGAUGCACUCACAAAUCUCCUGGUACAGAACAUGGAGGGAGCUGUAGAACCAGACUUCUUUGGUACUUGUGGCAAAUGCAACCAAAAGGUCAUGGGUGAAGAGAACGGAUGCUCUGCAAUGGAUCAGAUUUUCCACAUAGAUUGUUUUACGUGUGUGACAUGCAACGGGAGAUUACGUGGGAAACCGUUUUAUGCGUUAGAAGGGAAGUCAUACUGUGAAGAAUGUUACUAUGCUACUCUUGAGAAGUGUUCAGUUUGUUCUCAUCCAAUCAUGGACCGGAUUCUCCGCGCCACUGGCAAGCCAUACCAUCCAGCUUGUUUUACCUGCGUUGUGUGUGGUAAGAGUUUAGAUGGCGUGCCUUUCACUGUGGAUGCAACCAAUCAAAUUCACUGUAUUGAAGACUUUCAUAAGAAAUUUGCUCCUAGGUGCUCUGUCUGUCAUCAACCUAUCAUGCCGGAACCAGGUCAGGAGGAGACUGUCCGAAUUGUUGCCAUGGAUAGAAGUUUUCAUGUUAGCUGUUACAAAUGCGAGGACUGUGGUCUAUUAUUGUCAUCUGAAGCUGAUGGACGGGGCUGCUUCCCAUUAGACGAUCACAUCCUUUGUCGUGACUGCAAUGCUCGUCGAAUUCAAACACUGACUUCAGGAAUCUCGGCCCAGUGAGACAUGUGACAGUGGUUACUGUGAUACAGAGACAAAACAAUCAUACAUUGGUACAAAGAAAUAGCCACAAACAUUGUUAUGCAAAAGAUGAUAUUUUUUAUUUCUUACGUAGAGUGCCUCAACUUCAUCUUACUACAGAGAUGCUUCCAAAAUUGAAAAGAAAGUCGGGUAUCCAUGAAAAAAAUUGUCCAAAAAAUAAAAAUACUAUAUUCUUUAAAAAUAGAUUUCCAAGGAUGUUCAGGUGCACUUUUAUUUCUGGUGUA